CAAAAAAAAAAAAAUUACGUUACCAUUUUAAUUUACCAUAGCUAAUAUAAUUAUUGAACUAAAUUUUUGUUUACAGAAAAUUUUUAAUUCGAUUUUAUUAUAUUUUUUUUAUUUUAUAUAUAAUAAUUUUAGCAUCAAUCGAACUACAUCCCACUAAAAGGGAUCGAGUCAAAGAAAUUAGCUUCAAUGACAACAAUUCAGAUCAAUUUAUUCUUACACUCGAGUAUCAAGUUUUGUUUGUCACAUGGGUCUGUAUAAAUAUUCAAAACAAUUUUUAUAAAUUUAAAACUCCGUUUGUAAAAAAAAAAAUUAAUUUAAAGAUACAAUUUUUUAAAGGGAAAUAAAAAUUUAAAUGUUCAUCAACCUUGUAUUGUAAAAAAACAAAACGUCGGUGUUUUCAAUAAUUCAAUUAUUCUAUCACGAGUAAAUAAAGCAAUCACAAGUACUUCGAAGGGUUUCAUGUUAUUUUGGACAUUCAAUGAGAAAAAGGCAAAUUUUCAAAAAGCAAUUCAACUUGAAAAAUGCAAUAUUACUGAAAUUAAUCGACAAAAAAAGUAAAAAUUACAGAAAAAUUUAAUUAAUUUCCAAAAAAUUGACAUUUAAUUAAUUAAUUUUUUAGUAUAAUAGUUCUGGGAAAUUCUCAAGGUGAUGUGAAAUUUUAUGAUGAAGAAUUGAAAAUUUUAUAUUUGUGCACUGAUUGUAAUUUUGAUUCAAUAAGCUCAAUAAGUUUUGAUCUUACUUCUGAAUAUUCAAAGAAAUAUGAAAUUGAAUCGAAUUUUACUUUUAAUAUUGAAAAUAAUUGUGAAACAAAAAAUAUUACAAAUAAUGGAAAAAAUCAUUUUGGAGCAACAAUGGAUCAAAAACCUUUCGAAAUUGAAAGAUUCUUUAUUUGUACACUUUAUAAUUCAUUGCUUAUAUUUUAUUAAUUUUUUAUUUUUCAUAAAUCUGAGAAAUUAAUUUUCAAAUUAAAAAUUACUUACAAUUUUUUUUUUUUUAGGCACAAAAACGGGACAACUCGUUUGGCUAGAUGUUUCAAAAUUAAAAUAUCAAUUUAUUUCAUAUCCAUCGGAAAGCAUAAUUACAUCUUUGGAUCUUCAUAGUGAUCUGUAAAUUUAAACAUAAAAAAAACAAACAAAAUUCGAUUUCAUAUUUUAUAUUCUUAAUUUCAGAUCUUACAUGGUAAUAGGAACAUCUUCUGGUUUAAUUCGUCUCUUUAAUUACACUAAUAAUAGAUUAAUGAUAUCAAAGGAGUUGCCAAUUUUUACAAAUUUUUCUGAAAUUUAUAAUAGAGAAUCAAUUAAUAAUGAAAUAAUUCAUGUUUCAAAUUUGAAAAUUUCAAAAACUUUUAAUUCUAUUACUAUUCUUAAAUAUUCUCCAAAUUCCGAUAUGUUAAUAUGCGGUUUAAAAAAUGGAGUAAUUUGGAUUUUACAUCCGGAUUCUUUAACAUCAAUAGACCAAGUUCCUUUUAAACAUUCAAAUGAAGCAAUUUUGAAUGUCACUUUUUCGGAAAAUUCUCAAUACAUGGCUUAUUCAGACAAUGCAAUGACAGUGGCAGUAUUUAAAAAAGGAAAACCAAAUUUUUCCUCUGGAUUUUGGAUUUUUCUUGGAAAAUAUCAUUCCCAUUAUCUUUGUAUCAAAGAAUUAUUAUUUCAACCAUUGAUUAAUGCUUCGAAUACUCCACGUUUUUUUUCGUUGGGAGCCGAUAAAAAUUUAGUGGAAUAUGAUUUAGCAAAUAGUGGUCCAUAUCCAGAGCCAGGUUUGAAAAUUUUUAAUUCCGUUCAAAUUGAAUUUAACGCUAUUCCACUUUCAAUUGCCUGGUACUCUGAAAUUAAAGACAUGUUAGUUGUUUCAAAUUCAGAGUAUAAAUUCAGAAUUGUUUCAAGCAUGACAAAAAAAAUUUAUUCAACAUUUUUGGGUCCUACUUUUGGAGCGCCUGUGAGAAUUAUAAAAAUUUUAUCUGAUCAAAUAAUAAAUGAAAAAAUGCAAUCCUACAUUAUUUUUGUCACUGAAAAAGAAAUUGGUCUACAAAAAUUACCAUUAGAUGGAAAUCCUUACAAGCAAAUUGCCCUUAUUGGUCAUCAUCAAAAAAUUAUAAAAAUAUGUCUCAGUAAUUGUAAAAAAUUUUUAUUCACACUUGGAAGCAAUGAUAAAUGUGUGCUCAUGUGGCGAAUUAAUUUAGAGUAAAAUUAAUUAAUUUUAUGUAAACAUUUUUUACAUUUUUGAAAUUAAAAAAAAAAAUGUUUACCUUG